AGCACGACGAUAAACUAGCCACCAAAUCGUGACAAAUAGCAAAUUAUUUCGCGUUGUAACAUCUUUAACCGAUCGACAGGCGUUUGCAGUUGCUUUGCCGACGAAAUGCCAAUCAGUCGCUCCAUAGCUCAAGUUACGCUUGGUUAAAUGUAUAAUUUUUGUCAAGUGUUUUGUACCUAUGUUCAAAAAAGUGUUCAAUUAAAAUUGCUGCAAAAUGGGCAGUAAGUCGUGGACCCUGCCACGCCCCUCCCAGUCGAGUGUGUCCACCCACAGGCUCCUGGGAUCCGUGCGUUUGACCUAUGCGAUUUGCGCAUUCCUCGCCACUUGCCUCCAUGCUGCCAUGAGGAACAUGCUCGGCAUGAUCAUCCUGAAAAUGGUUAUGCCACGGCCGGAGGAUGCUCUGAAUAUUUCGCCAGAUGUGGCUCGAAUGCCAGGGAGCAAUACCACCACAGGCUCUCGGACUAUUCCUAAUCCACUAAUGCAAGAAACUCUGACAGGCGACUUACCAUGGACUCGGAACCAGGAGUUGACAUUUCCCGGGGUUUACUACUACGGCUACGUGGUGUCCAUCUCUUUGUCCGGCUAUCUGGCGGAUCGAUGUAGCAGCAAAAUGCUUUUCAACGUUUCGCUAAUCUUCGAGGCGGUGGCCUAUAUUCUUCUCCCAGCGAUGGCCCAUUUUAGUUUCGAGAUGGCGGUGGUCAAUCUUGUCAUAUGCGGCCUGCUGGCGGGCAGCGGUAAUCCCGCGAUGUACAAACUGUUUGUCACCUGGGCUCAUCCCACAGAACGAACGGCGCUCCUUUCCUUCGCCUACAGUGGCAUCCUGAUGGGCUCCAUUUUGGUUUAUCCGGUGGCCAGUUAUCUGAGCAACUUUGGCUGGGAGCUGUCCUUCUAUGUGGUGGGCGGAGUAUCUCUUGUUUUUGGCAUAGCCUGCUGCUUUCUCAUCUACGACACUGUGGAGCAGCAUCCGCGCAUCUUGGAGGAGGAGGUGGAUUACCUGCUACAAGGAAACAGUAAUUUAGGUCCUCAGAAACAGCAAGUGCUGAGAGUCCCAUGGAAGAGCCUGCUAACCUCUCCGCCCACGUUCGCCUUUGUCCUGACCCACAUGUUCCACACCUACACUUUUCUGGUGAUCGCUCUCCUGAUGCCGCGAUUCAUGCGCGAGGCCAUGGAGUUUGAUCUGGGUAAAGUGGGUUACCUCUCAUCGGCUCCCUAUCUGGGCGGGAUCUGCUCAAAGGUGGUGUGCAUCCUGGGUGGCAGCUACGUGGAGCGACGUGUGGGUCCCGACCAGAACUGUAUGCGACGAAUGCUGUACGGGAUCUGCGGCAUUCUGACCUCGUUAUUUAUUGGCGUCAUCAUCCUGGCGGAUUAUGGAGACAAAACACUGGUCCUGGUGAUGUUUGCCCUCAUGAUGGCCUCUACGGAUAUGGGUUUCAGUGGCUACUGGCCCACGCUGCUCUACUUUGCGCCUUCGUUCGCGGGUUUAGUUUCGGGAUUGGCCAAUGGAAUGGCCCAUCUCUCCGGGUUUCUAGCUCCUCAUCUCGUCGCCGCUUUGGUGGACACUGGCACCAAGGACGAAUGGAAUAAGGUGCUGUUCACGCUGAUUGCCUUUAACACGCUGGCCAUGUUGGUGUUCGGACUCUGCAGCAGUACCAACCUUCAGUCUUGGGAUCCUAGCAGCGAAAAGCAGAAACCUAGGUCAACACUAACUUAAACAAAUUAAUAGUUAGCUUUUCGUUAUGUAUUUAUGUUUUAUUUGUUUUUACUUUUUCUGUAUUUUAAAUGCGCGCCAAAUUCGUUCAAACCUCUGUGCCUUUAAUUAAGUAAAGAAGUAGUUUCAAAACAAUUAUUAAAUUAACACAAAAUUAAUACAAAAAUACUUUUUUUAAAAAAAAGGUAACUAAAAUGGUCACACAUUUUAAUGUCGAAUUUUUCAUAUCACUGUUUCAUUCCUCCGAAUUUAAGAUAUUUUUUACCAAGGAUUUUAAAAAACAUUAAUAAAUCAAAAUUUUAAACAGUA